UCACAGCCUUUCCUACACAGAAAUUGCUGUACAUGGUGAAAAUAUCCCAUCAUAAAGACUAGAAGAGCAUCUAAACUGUCAGAAGAUCAUUCAGAUCAGAUGGAGGUGAACGAGCAAAGACAAGAAGAGGAUGAGGAACGUAACUUCAACACUAAAGUAACUAAAACAACACAUCUGUACAGCUGUCCUCAGUGUGGAAAGAGUUUCAGAAGAAAAGCCAAGCUGAAAAAACACAGAAAGACUCACGCUGGAGAGAAACCGUACACCUGUACUGAAUGUGGAAAGAGUUUUUCACAGCUGGACAGUUAUAAACAGCACCAGAAAACACAUGAAGACAAGAGAGAUCAUGUGUGUUUGCAGUGUGGGAAGAGCUUUACUCAAUCUGGCAGUUUGAAAAGACACCAGAGGAUUCACACUGGAGAAAAACCUUACAAGUGCUCAUAUUGUGAGAAGAGUUUCAACCAUUCAGGACACUUGAGAAGACACGAGCAAAUUCACACUGGAGAAAAGCCGUAUCACUGUGCUCAAUGUGGAAAGAGUUUCAAAGAUAAAUCCGGUCUGACUUAUCAUCUGCGAAUUCACACUGGAGAAAAGCCGUAUCACUGUACUCAGUGUGGUCAUGAUUUUAGAUCAUCAUCAGAUCUAAAACAACACAUGAGAAUUCACACAAAUGAGAAGCCUUAUGCAUGUCUGUUCUGUGAAAAGAGAUUUUCAAGUCUCGGUGAUUGUAAACAGCACCAGAAAACACACACUGACGAGAGAGAUCAUGUGUGUUUUGACUGUGGGAAGAGCUUUAAUACAGCUGGUUAUCUGAAACAGCACCAAAGGAUUCACACUGGAGAAAAACCUCACAAGUGCUCAUAUUGUGAGAAGAGUUUCAGUCGGUCUUCACAGCUGAAAUCACAUGAGCGAAUUCACACUGGAGAGAAUCUGUACAGCUGUCCUCAGUGUGGAAAGAGUUUCAGAAGAAAAGCCAAGCUGAAAAAACACAGAAAGACUCACGCUGGAGAGAAACCGUACACCUAUACUGAAUGUGGAAAGAGUUUCUCACAGCUGGACAGUUAUAAACAGCACCAGAAAACACAUGAAGACAAGAGAGAUCAUGAGUGUUUGGACUGUGGGAGGAGUUUUACUACAGCUGGUAAUCUGAAACGGCACCAAAUGAUUCACACUGGAGAAAAACCUUACAAGUGCUCAUAUUGUGAGAAGAGUUUCAGCCAUUCAGGACACUUGAGAGUACACGAGCGAAUUCACACUGGAGAGAAGCCGUAUCACUGUGCUCAAUGUGGAAAGAGUUUCAAACACAAAUCCAGUCUGACUUAUCAUCUGCGUGUUCACACUGGAGAAAAACCGUACAAGUGCUCAUAUUGUGAGAAGAGUUUCAGUCGGUCUUCACAGCUGAAAUCACACGAGCGAAUUCACACUGGAGAAAAGCCGUAUUGCUGUCCUCCAUGUCAGAAGAGUUUCAAAGACUCACACAGUCUGACUUAUCAUCUGCGUACUCACGCUGGAGAGAAACCGUACACCUGUACUGAAUGUGGAAAGAGUUUCUCACAGCUGGACAGUUAUAAACAGCACCAGAAAACACAUGAAGACAAGAGAGAUCAUGAGUGUUUGGACUGUGGGAGGAGUUUUACUAAAGCUGGUAAUCUGAAACGGCACCAAAUGAUUCACACUGGAGAAAAACCUUACAAGUGCUCAUAUUGUGAGAAGAGUUUCAGCCAUUCAGGACACUUGAGAGUACACGAGCGAAUUCACACUGGAGAGAAGCCGUAUCACUGUGCUCAAUGUGGAAAGAGUUUCAAACACAAAUCCAGUCUGACUUAUCAUCUGCGUGUUCACACUGGAGAAAAACCGUACAAGUGCUCAUAUUGUGAGAAGAGUUUCAGUCGGUCUUCACAGCUGAAAUCACACGAGCGAAUUCACACUGGAGAAAAGCCGUAUUGCUGUCCUCCAUGUCAGAAGAGUUUCAAAGACUCACACAGUCUGACUUAUCAUCUGCGUGUUCACACUGGAAAAAAAGAUCAUGAGUGUUUGCAGUGUGGGAGGAGUUUUACUACAGCUGGUCAUCUGAAAAUCCACCAGAGGAUUCACACUGGAGAAAAACCUCACAAGUGCUCAUAUUGUGAGAAGAGUUUCAGCCAUUCAGGACACUUGAGAAGACACGAGCGAAUUCACACUGGAGAAAAGCCGUAUCACUGUGCUCAAUGUGGAAAGAGUUUCAAACACAAAUCCAGUCUGACUUAUCAUCUGCGAAUUCACACUGGAGAAAAGCCGUUUACCUGUACUCAGUGUGAUCAGGAGUGUUUGGAGUGUGGGAAGAGCUUUAAUAGAGCUGGUUAUCUGAAACAGCACCAAAUGAUUCACACUGGAGAAAAACCGUACAAGUGCUCAUAUUGUGAGAAGAGUUUCAUUCAGUCUUCACAGCUGAAAUCACACGAGCGAAUUCACACUGGAGAGAAGCCGUAUUACUGUCCUCCAUGUCAGAAGAGUUUCAAAGACUCAGGCAGUCUGACUUAUCAUCUGCGUGUUCACACUGGAAAAAAGCCAUUCAGCAGCUGAACGUUCAUUUACAGAUUCAUAUAAAAGCUCACAAGUGCUCAUAUUGUGAGAGGAGAUUCAGUCGGUCUGGAGUAUGUUCACACUGAGUUUCAGUGGUUAUUCAUAUGA